AUGGCACGUUUAUCCAUUAUUUGUAUUGCAUUGUUUCUAUUUUCAACUGUUUGGUCAGCAACAUUGAACAUAGAUUCAACAUCAAAACGUUUGUUAGUACUAUUGGAUAAUUUGGGUAUAAGAGAAUCACAUUCAUUCUAUUUUAAACAAUUAGCAGAUCGUGGAUUUGAUAUAACGUAUAAAUCAUCUGAUGAUAGUACUCUUCAAAUUAUUAAAUACGGUGAAUAUUUAUAUGAUCAUAUUGUUAUCUUUGCACCUGCUACAAAAGAAUUUGGUGGACGUUUGGAUUCAGAAAUCUUAACACAAUUUGUUGAUGCUGGUGGAAAUGUUCUUGUUGCAGGUAGUAAUGUCAUCGGUGAUGUUAUUCGUGAAUUUGCCGGUGAAUGUGGUAUUGAAUUUGCUGAUGAUCAUAGUGCAGUUAUCGAUCAUCUUAAUUAUGAUGUUACUGAUGAUGGACAACAUACAUUAAUUGUUGCAAAUGCAAAUAAUCUUCUUUCAUCUGAAUUAAUUAUUGGACAAGCCAAGAAAAAUAAUUUACCAUUUGUUUUUCGAGGAAUUGGAAUGUCAUCAGAUCAAGAUAAUCCAUUAUUACUUGAUGUUUUAACUGCUUCAUCAACUUCAUAUACAGCUAAUCCUGAUGAACAAACAUUAACUGAAUAUCCAGCUACAGUUGGUAAACGAACCUUAUUAAUAUCUGUUCUUCAAGCUCGUAACAAUGCUCGUGUUGGUUUCGUUGGUUCAUUAGAUUUUUUUAGUAAUGAAUUUUUUGUUAAAUCAGUACAAACAAAUGAUGGAAAAAAACCUACACAAUCAGGUAACCAAGAAUUAGCUGUUGCUUUAUCAGAUUGGUUAUUUAAACAACGUGGUGUUUUACGUGCAAGAAAUAUUCAUCAUUAUUUAAAAGAAGAUAAAUCGACACCAAGAUUUUAUACUGUUAAAGAAGAUAUUGUAUUUAAUGUUCAAUUUGAUGAAUUAGUUUAUGGAAAAUGGAUGCCAUUUAAUGGAACUGAUGUUCAAUUAGAAUUUGUUCGUAUUGAUCCAUUUGUUCGUACAACAUUAAAAAAUAAAGGUGGUCAACUUGAAGCACAAUUUCGUGCUCCAGAUACUUAUGGUGUCUUUAAAUUUGUUAUCGAUUACAAUCGUGUUGGUUACACACAUUUAUAUUCAGCUACACAAGUUUCUGUUCAUCCAUUACUUCAUACACAAUAUGAACGUUUUAUAGCAUCAGCUUAUCCAUAUUAUAUUUCAUCAUUUUCAAUGAUGGCUGGUGCAUUUCUUUUAAGUUUUAUUGUACUUUAUCAUCGUGAUGAUGUACCAAAGAAGAAAACUGAAUAG